GCGGGACAUGUAAUGGAUCUCAUGCAUGUGUUUACCUCGUCACAUGGCGCCCUGGGAUCUUUAUGGGAGGAGCUGCGCCAUGACGAGGCUGCUAAUGGACCGCAGUAAAGUUUGUUUGGACGGCAGUAUUGUCAUCUGAUUACAUCACGACAUCCCGUAAACUCUUGAUGAAAUCAUAUUUUAGAUCCAUGUGUAUUCCCUUUUAUUAUCUUUAUUUAUCCAUUAUUUAAGGAGAUGUACAAGUUUUAAUUGGACCUUUUUCUUUUCUUUUUUUUUUUUACACCAGAGGCACCAGGACCAUUGAUAACCUGAGGAAAUUAUCAAAUAAAGCAGCCGUGACUUUACCAUGGAUCACCACGUCACCUCGGUCAGCUUUACUCUGGUGGAUGAAGGCCACAUGGAGGACCAGCGCUCUCUCCUCCCUCCACCAAGGACGCCUUCACCGCGCCGGGCCUGCCCUCCCCAGUGCGGGAUACACCACACGGUGCAGAGAUCAGCGGACCACACGGUGUGGUUGGACAGAACCCAGGCCAUGGCCACCAUGCCUUUAUACAAUGGCCACCUUUGCCCCAGAGCCUCGCCGUGCUCUGUGAGAAGAGGAGACAAAGGCAAAGGCAAGGACAGGAAGAAGUCUGAGACUUUCAAACAAUCCCACAAGGAUCGGAACCACAAAGGCAAAGCCAAAAACUCCAGACUCCGGGUGAAAGCGUCCUCUUGUAAUGACGUUUCGCCGUGCGGGUGCCCCUUUAAGAGCUGCAGGAGGCAAGUCCCCCUCAAAGAUGAAAGGAGGCCAGAUAACCUUUCCUUGGAGAUGAACGACCGCCAGAGCCUCCCAGAGAUCAUCAUCACCAGCAGGGACGACGAAGACCUCCACCCUCACACAGAGUUGCCGCCGUCUGAGGCAGCGGGCCUGCUGCCGGGGUCCGAGUGCGACACCUCCCGCACUCCCCAUUCCAGUCCCAAACACAAGGCGGACGCUAAGGACGACCAGUACUGGAAGACCCACAGCAUCGGGUGGCGGCUGGUGCGCAGGAGGGCCCUGUUUUUACGGAGGCAGCGGCUGAAUGACUGCGCUCUUGCUGUGGGGAUUUUUGGCGUGGUCAUGAUGGUGAUGGAGACCGAACUCUCUUGGAGCGUCUACAGCAAGAGCUCUUUCUCCUCGCUCGUGCUCAAAUCCAUCAUCAGUGUGUCCACCAUCAUCCUGCUGGGCCUCAUUGUGGCGUAUCACUGCUGCGAGGUGCAGCUCUACGUUCACGACAGCGGGGCGGAGGACUGGCGCAUCGCCAUGACGACCGAGCGUUUGGCCCUGAUAGCGCUGGAGCUGGCGGCGGCGGCCAUUCACCCGUACCCGGUGGGCCUGCUGGCCUACUUCCAGCAGACCGCCGCUGCGCCGCCGCCGCUGUCGGAGACGGAGCUGGAGAUUGUGCUGGCGCUGCCAAUGUUCCUCAGGCUCUACCUGCUGGGCCGCGCCAUGAUGCUGCACAGCCGCCUCUUCACCGACACGGCGUCACGCAGCAUCGGGGCGCUCAAUAAGAUCCACUUCAACACUCGCUUUGUGGGCAAAACCCUGAUGACCACCUACCCGGGCACCGUGCUCAUGGUCUUCAGCGUCUCCCUGUGGCUCGUCGCCGCCUGGGGUCUGCACGUGUGCGAGAGACACCACAACUACAGAGACCUGAGCAGCAACUACAUGGAGGCCCUUUGGAUGGUUUCCGUCACCUUCCUGUCCAUCGGCUACGGCGACGUGGUCCCUCACACCUACUGCGGGAGGAGCAUCUGCCUCCUCACCGGGAUCAUGGGCGCCGGCUGCACCGUGCUGGUGGUGGCGGUGGUGGCACGCAAGCUGGAGUUGACGCGGGCCGAGAAGCACGUGCACAACUUCAUGAUGGACUCGCUCAUCUCAAAAAGGAUCAAGAUUGCAGCCGCCAACGUGUUGAGAGAGACGUGGCUCAUCUACAAACACACCAAGCUCUCCAGGGAAAAAGACCACACCAGGGUCCGCAUGCACCAACGGAAGCUGCUGCUCGCCAUCCACCAACCUUUGUGGCGCCAGGUUGCGGCGUGUGAAGGUGGAGAAGAGCAUCCUGGCAGACCAAAGCAACACACUUAUGGACAUGUGCAAGGUGAGAGAGGCAAGUGAACGCACCAUUGCCCCCCCCCCCCCCCCCCC